AUGGCCAGGAAGCCUGCCUCUGGCCAAGACACUUGUGCAGCUCCAACUGCUAGUCCAAGUACGAUAUGCACUGCUACUCAACCAAACCCACCCAUGGCAGAGUCUGUGGUGGCCGUUGAUGGCUGUGUUAAUGAGAUUUUGAUGGGGGAUCUCCGGAUCACCAGGGUCCAUGCUAGUAUCAGCAUCUUUAGUAGUAUUGCGCUGUACGAGUACAGUAUGCUGGUUGAGUCCAUCGUAUCGACAAGUCUCUUCGCGAUGCUCAGUGCUACUGUAUCUAACAAGCGAAUGGACCCCUUUGAAUUAAUUUACGUGGUGGUGGAUCAAAGGCCGAGGCCAGCGGCCAACGCUCGCUUGCUCGACGUACAUACAAGUAAGGUUCCCCGGCUGUGGUGGAGAGAUCCCUACGGGGCAGACUGCGAUGCGAUACGUCUUGCAAUUAGUAUUAGGGGGAUCUAUUUCUUGGGGAAAUACGGAGUAGUAGCCUCUUGGCAUUGGCCAUUGGCUCGAAGGAUGAUGGGAUCCAUCGAGGAUGCAGACAACCUGCAGUGCGCAGGCGCAUUCCGGGGGCCGCGAGAGCUGGCAUGGAACCAGGCAAGCCAGGUUAUUUCGAGCGCAGGACGCAGUGCAAGUGCUCUGAAGGCGAGGCGUCGUCGUCAUGCACGGCUCGCGUCAAGGCUAGCAGCCAACCUGCUUCAUCGUGGCGGCAACCCUGAUGUAUACGAGCAUGGCGAUCGGCAGGGUAUUACGCCAGAGGGCCUCCCGGGUUGGCGUCGCUGCCUUGGACGGAAGCAUUGCGACCACGAUGGCUUCGUGUCGCGAGACAGCCACCAGAAGACUCACCCGGCGAGGGGUCAUCAGGCUGCCGCGGACAUUGAAGACCUGCAGCACAGCAAAAGGGGGGUGAGGAUGCGGACGAUAUCACCGGUAAGAAGGCAUCCCUGGCGUGUACAAUGUGCGCGCCCUACGGGUAUCGCCCUGCCGCGGGGAUCCAGCAUACUGGGUGGUCUUUUAAUAAACAAUUCAUGGAGUGAGAAUGCUGCACUCCUAGUGGUCGUGCAGAAGCGAGGAGAGCCACGGUCGUCAGAAACGAGCAAAGGCAACCGUUGCAUGGGAAUGUCUAAACUUGGAGACGUCCAUUCCAACCCCGCGAUAAUCUACAUACUGAUUGGCCAAUCCGCCGCCAAGCAGGAGGGGAAAGAAGAAUUGCUACAGCACUCGUACGAGUACUAUCUGUGCGACACCACCCUGGGAUGGAGCGCCCAGUCUGGAACAGAGCUCGCCUUUCCAAUUGAGGAUCCAGCUUCAGGCGACCAGGGACCAGAAGGAGGGCAUUCCGAGGCAUCCAUCGCGCAUUUCCCCAAAUUUCACAAGCGGCCUGCCGCAGUGCAGAGAACAGCCCUCCGAACCACCUCUACAUCACCACUAGUCCGUACACAGCUUGGGGUCUUACAUGACAGCAUCACUAGCCAGGCCGAUACGGCAUCGCAUGGGCCGUCAGUUGGUGUCGUGUGCGUCAAAACUGCACUACCAACCGGACUCGGCCUCUGGAACGUGCCGACUCGGAUGUUUGUUCCCCAACCGGCGGCGGGCGCAACAGAUGAGGGCUUGAGCAGAAUACGGAUGAGCAGGGCUAUUAUUACCAACGAGUAUCUUUCAUCGACAGGAACGGAGUACAGUACCAGGGAUAUUGACAUGACCCAACCAACGACGGGGCCUGGCAUCGCCGUUACCCCAUACUGCAAAAUGAGAUCGGAUGAUGCGGAGAGCCAUUGCGCAGAAGGCAGUAGGGCAACUGCCCACGCACCAUGUGCUGAAUGCGUUGAUCAGACCAGGCAUGAGCAAGAAUGGCGAGGUCUCGUCCAAGGCGCAAACAUCUUCACUCCAACCACGAGUGCAGUGCUGCCUUUACCAUUGAUGACUCCAUAUCACCUGUACGAGUACUGUUCCUGCACAGCGAGCUCUGACGGUGCAAUCCAAGAAUUUCAAAUAGUACUGCCAGCGCCUAGUUCCAAACCACAGCCCUAA